AUGAGGUUGGAUAUAAAGAGACAACUCUUUGCUCGCUCGGAGCGAGUAAAGGGUAUUGACUUCCACCCGACAGAGCCAUGGAUCCUGACAACAUUAUACAGCGGUCACGUAUACAUCUGGUCUUAUGAAACUCAGUCAAUCAUUAAAACCUUCGAACUCACCGAUGUUCCCGUCCGAGCUGGGCGAUUCAUCGCUCGCAAGAAUUGGAUUGUCUGUGGUUCAGACGACUUCCAGCUUCGCAUCUACAAUUACAAUACCUCCGAGAAGAUUGCUUCAUUUGAGGCGCAUCCAGAUUACAUCCGCUCCAUCGCAGUUCACCCAACGCAGCCGUUCGUGCUUACAGCUUCCGAUGACAUGACCAUUAAGUUAUGGGACUGGGAGAAGGGAUGGAAGUGCGUGCAGGUGUACGAGGGUCACAGUCAUUAUGUUAUGGGACUCUCAAUUAACCCUAAGGAUACGAACACAUUUGCGUCGGCAUGUCUGGACCGGACUGUCAAGAUUUGGAGUUUAGGCUCCCCGCACGCCAAUUUCACACUCGAGGCCCACGAAACGAAAGGCGUCAACCAUGUCGACUAUUAUCCGCAGGCUGACAAGCCCUAUCUUCUCACAACUUCCGAUGAUAAGACUGUGAAGGUUUGGGAUUACACCACAAAGGCUCUCAUUGCGACUUUGGAAGGACACACGAGUAAUGUCUCUUUCGCCUGCUACCACCCCGAAUUACCGGUUAUCAUCUCUGGAUCUGAGGAUGGAACGAUCAAGAUAUGGCACGCCAACACAUACAGACUGGAGCAAUCCCUGAGUUACGGCCUCGAAAGAGCCUGGUGUGUUUCAUAUCAACGGGGCAGGCAAGGUGUUGCACUCGGUUUUGAUGAUGGUGCUGUGGUAGUGAAGAUGGGUAGAGAAGAACCAGCGGUCUCCAUGGAUGGUUCAGGAAAGAUCGUGUGGGCGCGGCAUAACGAGGUCGUUUCCACCGUCAUCAAGGGUGGUGAUGCUAGUGUCAAGGAUGGAGCGCCGAUUUCCCUUCCAACCAAGGAUCUCGGCUCAUGUGAAGUGUAUCCUCAAACUCUGUCACAUUCGCCCAAUGGGCGCUUUGUUUCCGUCUGUGGAGAUGGCGAAUACAUUAUCUACACCGCCCUUGCUUGGAGAAACAAGGCUUUCGGGCAAGCUCUAGACUUCGCUUGGGGCUCAAAAGACAACAGUAACGACUACGCCAUUCGGGAGUCGGGUACUAGUGUCAAAAUCUUCAAGAACUUCAAGGAAGUGAGCGGCGGCCUCGAUGUUGGCUUCCAGGCCGAAGGUCUCACCGGGGGUGUUCUGCUCGGUGUUCGAGGACAGGGAGGGAUUGGCAUGUUUGAUUGGGAAUCUGGAAACUUAGUCCGACGUAUCGAGGUUGAGCCGCGGAACGUCUAUUGGUCGGAGUCUGGGGAGUUGGUCACCCUUGCUUGUGAUGACGCAUUCUACGUUCUACGAUUCUCCCGAGAAAACUAUGUCAAUGGGCUGAAUGCGGGUGAGGCUGAUGAGGACGGCGUUGAGUCGGCGUUCGAAGUUGUCACCGAUGUCAAUGAGUCUGUCAGGACAGGCCAAUGGGUUGGGGACUGCUUCAUCUAUACGAAUUCUACAAACCGUCUAAACUACCUUGUCGGCGAUCAAACAUACACGGUUUCACACUUUGAUCAGCCGAUGUACGUUCUGGGAUACCUGCCCCGUGAUGGUCGUGUUUACGUUGCCGACAAGGAUGUCAACGCGGUAUCAUUUGCUUUGUCUCUCAGCAUGGUAGAAUAUCAGACUGUCGUGCUGCGUGGGGACAUGGAUCUUGCGGCAGAGCUGCUCCAGGAUAUUCCGCAGGAUCAGAUGAACAAAGUGGCGCGGUUCCUCGAAGGUCAGGGCUAUAAGGAGAUGGCUUUGGAAGUUGCAACUGAUCAGGAGCAUCGUUUCGAGCUCGCCCUUGCUCUCAAUAAUCUCGACAUUGCCCUUGAAAUUGCCCGCGAAGCAAAUGUCGAGCACAAGUGGAAGAUUGUUGGUGAUGCUGCCUUGUCAGGAUGGAAUCUGUCCUUGGCACAAGAAUGCUUCAUCAACGCCAAAGAUGUCGGCUCCCUCCUGCUCUUGCAUACUGCUAGCGGCAACAAGGAAGGCCUCCGAGCGCUUGCAACGCAGGCAUCGGGUGCCGGCCUUCACAAUGUUGCGUUCUCUACAUUCUGGUCCCUCGGAGAUGUUGAUGGGUGUAUUGAUCUCCUUGUUCAAACCAACCGCCUUGCGGAAUCCGUCCUUUUUGCUCAAACUUACAAGCCCUCUCGAGCACCCGAGCUUGUGGUUAAGUGGAAGGAAUCCUUGGAACAAAACGGAAAGGCCAAGAUCUCUCGGCUCAUUGGUGUUCCGCCCGGUGUAACGGAUGUGCCAGCGGACGAUGAUCUGUUCCCGGAGUGGGAUGAAUAUCUCCGUCUCGAGAAGGAGGGUGUUGUUGCUGAGCCAGCCUCGUCAGGUUCCCUGAUCGAUGUUGAUGGAGAGGAUUCUGAGCCCGAGCCCGAGCCUGAGACGAACGGUUCCCAGGAGGUAGAGGCGGAGGCAUGA